CUUCCAGGUUUCUUGACAUCCCUUGGCAAAACUAGCCAGGCAGCUCCUCCUCGGUAUGAAAUACAACAUGAAUUUUCGUCCAGUUCAAAGCAGUGGCGGCUGCGACUCCUUUUACAAGCUUCCGCUCUUCCAAGCAACCAAUGGAGACUUGCAAUGCAAUGCUGCAUUCGUUCAUUCAUUCCUUGGAUCCUUGGACUUGGUUCCUCUACUCCAACGCCUUCUCGAGAAAACCCAACGCCUCACACUAUAGUUGUCUCUUUGUCCACGGUGGUGACACCAUCGUCCAUAAAAUUUGCUCCAUGGGUAGAAGUAGACCACCCAGAGAAAGAAGAACCAAAAGCCACCAACAGUUGGACGAACCUACCUUGCUUCGACUGAGGAGAGCCCCAAACCCCUUACACAGAUCAUGGAGUGUCGUGUCGGCCAUCGUUCCGCGCAGCUACUUUAUAAAAAAUGGAAGAUGGGAAAUCUGGGUUGUUGCCGUUUGACGACGAAUUCAAUUGGAAAGCUAAGAGUGACAACAAGAGAUCGUCUGUCGCUUGCCAAUCUAUCAGCCUCUGCCGCACUAAAUAACUAUCUUUCAAGCCUAUUCCUCUGCCAAUGAUCCUCCAUCCACGCUGUGAUGCUUUCUGUCGGUCCUCUUUUUCUCUCUCUUCGUGCAUGCCACUCGGAUGAUGGCCUCCCAAGACAAACGCGUCGGAACGAAAGAGCGCGAGGUGUGACAUGCGUGCUCAACGGUCCAAUGUCGUGGGUAUCCGUAUGGAAUCUACGUGUCUCAACCCUCGACUCUCGGGUUAAAUACCAUCCGAUAAUGGGCCGGCAUGUGCGCCUCACAACAAUGACACCAAGAACUCUCAUCAUCGCAAUCCCCACUCACAACAUCCUUCAUCGUUAGAGCACCCUCGGUUAACAUUUACUUGUUUGUUGCUGUUUGUUAUACUACUACAAGAUAACAACAACAACAACAUGUCUGCCAAAGCAUCCAGCCCCAAGGGAGGAUCGGAAAUCCAUGAUUUAGCCAAGGGAUGGAAGGCGGCUAUUGCUCGCGCCAAGGAUCCGGCGACUCGUCACGAAGCACGCAUCAAGAAUGAUCGUGGGAAUUUGCCCUUGCAUUCGGCAGCAUCCUUUCGGGCUCCACUGGAAGUGACAGAGUCUCUUUUGGAAGCCUACCCCGAAGCUGCGUCCAUGACGAACAAUUACGGCAAUUUGGCACUUCAUUUCACUGCCUGGAAGAAGGGACCCCUGGACGUGGAAAAACUCUUGCUCAAGAUCUUUCCAGAAGGAGCGGCUCAAAAGAACAAUCAUGGCAAUUUACCCCUUCAUUAUGCCGCCCACUACAAUGCUCCCUUGGAAGUAGUAGAGGCGCUCUACCAUGCAUACCCCGAAGGAGCCACGCAAAAGAAUAACGACAACAACACGCCUCUGGAUUUGGCCAUUGCCGAUGGGGCAUCCCCCAAUGUCGUGGCAUUGCUACAGGGAAAGAACAUUCCCCCCACGGACGAUGAAGUCUUGCAGGCGGCCAAGACACGCUGUGAACGCGCCGAAAAGGAACUAUCGCGCAUCUUGUCGGCACAAGACGGCAUGCACGAUGAUUUGGAGGUCGUUCUCUCGCUACUCAUGGAUAUUCGAGAAGGACAUCCUCAUGCACUCUAUUCGGCCGGAAUUCAUCCCGCGCAUAUUGGUAAUUUGGAUGCUCUCUUGGAACAGGUCCGCAAGGCUGGUAUGGAAGAAGCCGCUCGUGAGGGCGAUGAAUUUGCCUCCUCUCGCAAUGUCUCGGACGAGGAAGUCGAAGCCCAAGUCAUUGAAGAUUCGCUCUGUCCACCAGAUGAUCCUGUCGAAGCUGUGCUGGCCAAUGUGGUGGGGUUGGAUACGGUCAAACAUCAGAUUCGUGGAUUGCGCCGAACUUUGGAAAUGCAAGCAGCUGCCAAAAAUGGGACUUCCAGCAUACUCAUCAACAAACGCUUGGCGGGGGACCCCAUUCCCAAGCAUUUGGCAUUUGUGGGAAAUCCUGGUUGUGGAAAACGAACUUUGGCGCGGUUGCUGGGUCCAAUGUUUUAUGACAUGGGCAUGGUUCGAAAUCGAACCUUUGUCGAGAUUAGUGGACGGGAUGAGUUGAUUGAUCGCAAGAGUGAAGCACGGACUGUAUUCAAGACGCGUCAAAUCUUGGAACAAGCUGCCGGAGGAGUCCUACUCAUCAAUGAAGCCUACACCUUUUUGCCAUCGAGUGCUCGUCCGCGUGGUCGUGAUCAUGGGGCCGCUGCGUUGCGGGAAAUUGCUCGCGCUCUGCCGGCUGCAGAUCCCCUCAUUAUCUUGUCAGGAACUCCCAUGGACUUGCAGCGUAUUCUAUCCAGUGAUAUUGGAUUCAAGACGCACUUUUUGACGCGCGUGGAAUUCCCCGAUCCCUCACCCAUUCAGAUUGCCCGCAUCUUUAUGCAUAAAUUGACCGAGAAGGGACUCGUGCCGGCGGAAGGUGUGACCAUUCCGUAUCUGGCAGAACUCAUCGGAACCAAUACCGAAGCCGAAUGGCGCUUGGAGCGCAAUGGCAUCAUUGCGGAUUUGCUCAUGACGGGAGUUCGCAGUGAACUGAGGAAGCGAAAAAUGUGGGACGAUAGCACAUCCAAGGCGAGCAUGAGCCCCAUGAAAUUCUUGAGUCCAGGCUCCUCUCGCAUCCCUGCGUUUGCGCCUGAAGAAGUGUUUGUCACUGUGGAGGACAUUCAAAACGCGAUUGUGAACGGCUUGUAAAGAGCAUUGAAGCAAACAUCGAUUUGGGAGACUAUUACGCGUAACGAAGAUUAGUUUACUAUAUUUGAAGCCUU